UAUUUCCUGUCAUUAAUUUUAGAUUAAUCAUAAAAAAACUCAAUAUCCCUAAGUUCAUGUGAAUAGUCUAUACUAUAUAAACUGUAUUUAGUCAUUUAGUACAUUUCAGGACAAAGACUAAUCGCAAAAACAACCAAGAUAUCAGCAACAUAUCAAUACAAUUUGAUUUUUAACAUGUUCCUGCUUGACAAAGACCCGCUCCUCCCCUUGUUUGGCUUGCUCUGACUUGCCAUAUAGAAACUACAAACAUGGCCGUGUAUGUUUUGCGUGUCACAUAUCACAUGUUGUGAAUUUAGCUUUGUUAGGUCAUAUUAAAAGAAAUAUGAAUGUUGUGUGCCACCGCAAGAGGAAGGAAGAUUGCGGAAGUAGUUGUGACAGUUCACGGUCAGAUACAGGCAAAAUGCCAAAUUUACCGAGGGCACUUGAAUGCACCAGUUCACUGUACUUUCAGUUACCUCAAUGGAAACAGUGGGGGUAAACACGUCAAACAACAUGUCUUGAAAUAAGGACUUGUACACGAUGCAAGUGGUAAAAACUGGACUUGGUUUGGUGAAGUUUAGCUUCGCUAGUUCGGGCUAAUAGCAUAGGGUCAAAUCCAGACUGGCUGAAUCACCUGGACGGGAGAGAGUUCACUGUUGUUCCGCCGCCUCCACCGCUGCUGCUGCUGCUGCUGCUGCAUUAUGUCAAAGCUACCCGGCUACGCAGGUGUGUCUCUCCUCGGAGACAAGUCGCUGGACUUUUACCGGGACCCGGUGAGCUUCUGUCAGGAUAAGAUGGACAAACACGGCAGCAGAGUGUUUCAGAGCCGUCUAUUCAACAGACCCACCACCUUCGUGUGCUCGGCUCAAGGCAUGAGAGAGCUUCUGUAUGAGAAGUCCAAUGUGUUUCUGAAGGAUCCGACUGAUUUAAUGACGAAAAUGUACGGUGACACCCUUGUUACCACCAACGGUGAGGAGGCGUGUCUUCUCCGUCUCUCUCUCACCAGCCUUUUUGCAGGACGUUGUUUAGAAUCGGCAACAGAUUACAUCACCAGUGUAUGUGAACGCAGUCUCAAGGAUCUCAGCGGGCAGCCACAGUGUGUGUACACGGUGUUUAAGCAGCUGGGGACAGAGCUGGUUUUAGGACUUUUCUUGAACGUGCGUCCGAAUGAGCAGCCAGAACUUUUCCAGAAAAUCACAAAGCUCUGCACUCAGCACUGGCACGGUCUGAUCUCUGCUCCAGUCAAUCUGAAGGUUCCUCUGUGGUCAUCGGGUUUUUCCAUGGCCUUGGAAGCCAGAGAGCAGCUGAUGGACAUCAUCAAGGACAAACUGGAGAAUGACACAGAAGGUUUCGUGGGCUCCCUGAAGUCACUGCCGCUGCCCAGCUCCAGCUGUGCUGCCCAGCAUCUCCUGCUGUUCAUCUCGGCCCUCAUCCCCAAAGCUCUGGCAUCGCUACUCACCACGUUCACAGUGGUUCUCAGUGGGAAAGAUCAGGAGGAAACUCGUCAGCGAGCAUUGAAGGAUGCUGAUUAUCUGCAAGACGUACUGCUGGAGGUUCAGAGACUCUGGCCUCCAUUCAUUGGUGGACGCAGGAUAGCCGAGAAGGACACCACCCUUGCAGGUUUUCAUGUCCCAAAGGGUUAUGGUGCGGUCUAUAUCAGCUAUUCCGUCCACAGGGACCCAGAGGUGUUUGAGCAGCCCGACAGCUUCCUGCCAGAGAGAUGGAGCGGAAGGAAUGCAGACCACAAGCACCUCAUCUGUUCCUUUGGCGGAGGAUCUAGGAACUGCAUCGGCAUUAAACUUACGGACUUCUUUCUUAAGGAGGCGUGCACGUACCUUUUAGAGCACUACAACUGGUGUCUGGAGCCGCCAUCUCAAAACCUGGACUACAAAUGGCUGCCUGUGUCUCGGCCUGCCAUCCCCCCGACUGUCUCCUUCACGAGACAGCACACAGCCGGAGAUGAGAGGAACGACAGUGCAAAACCAUCUGGGCACUAAGGACUAAAAUAUACGUGAGCGAGCAAACCCAAACAUCUUCCCCUGCUGCUCUUAGUACACUAAAGCAUCAUGGGAAAAAGUGCUUUUCAUCUCUGAAGGAUGUACACUGAAAAAAAUACAUUGUUUGAUACUUACACACCUUGCACAGCAACACACUUUCCAUUCUGCAGGAGUGUAAACACACACACACACGUAGGGGUAAGCCCUCAGAUUCCAUCAGUGACUGCAAACCUGGCCGCCCCUCCCAUGCCCCCCCCCUCACUCUUCACCACCUAGCAACCAGCGCUGCUUAGCAACAGUUCGUCAUACCGACACUGACUUGCUUCUUUUUAGUAUGCACACACACACACACACACACACACACAAACUUGGUUAUUUUUGAAGGGGUUCACUUGGCAGUGUGACGCGUGUCUUGUGAAUCACAGGUAAAAAAUGCCACAAGGUGUUUCAGAGUGAAAUAACCUUGGGGGGGGAGGGGGGGCCCAAGGGAUCAUGCAUGGAUACAUGCAUACAUGGAUCAUCCACCAAACAAGAACAAUUCCUAAUAAAUGGUUGAAUACGA